UCUAUAAAUACAGCAUCCUCACUUCUCCAUUUCCAGGAAGCAGAACCAGAAGUUUUCAUCCCAAACACACAUUACAGAAACUCUUGAACAAACCUUGACACUCCUUAAUAUUCAUACAUCUUCUCUCAAAACAUUUUCACACAUCUUUUCAUCAAAUUUUCACACCAAAGAGCCAAUCUUUACUCAAACACUUUCACCCCUGAAGAAAGCUAGCAUCUUUGAACCAUCUAUCAUAAUGGUUAAGCCAGAGAAGAAGAUCAACACAGAAUCAUCAAAGGCAUUAUCAGUAUCUUCCUCAUCAGCAGCAGCAUCAAGUGAGAACAAGAAGAAGUUCAAGGGAGUGAGAAUGAGAAGCUGGGGCUCAUGGGUGUCAGAGAUUAGAGCACCAAACCAAAAAACUAGAAUAUGGUUGGGAUCUUAUUCAACUGCUGAGGCAGCAGCAAGAGCCUAUGAUGCUGCACUACUUUGCCUUAAAGGCUCCUCAGCCAAUCUCAACUUCCCUUCAAGCUCCUCCUCACACUACAUUCCUCAAGACACUGUCAUGUCCCCAAAAUCAAUCCAAAGAGUGGCUGCAGCUGCUGCCAACAACUUCUUAGACACUGCCAUUGCUACCACCCCAUCUUCUCCUCCUCUUGCUUCAACAACCUCUUCCUCUUCAUUGGUCUCAUCCCCAUCAAUCUCAUCAUCUCCCUCAGACCAAAUUGACGAUGAUGUCUCACUUCUAUCACCAUUUGGGGCUUACACUCCUCCUCCACCUUCUGUUAACUGUGAUCAAGCAAAUGAAUCAAUGGCUAUGAUGGAAUAUUGGUAUGACUUGGAGGAGUUACAAUCACCAAAGUAUGUUGAGCAAAUGCUAAGUGGGGCUUUUUUUGACAUUGAUUCCACACAGUUGUUUGAUGAUCUGUACGAAGAAAGUGACAUUAGUUUGUGGAGUUUCUGCUGAGAGAUUUUCAAUAUUUUUUUUUUGCUUACAGAUUCAUAUUCGUUUGUCAGGUGUUGUUAUAUGAAGAUAUCAAUCUCUGACUGUGACCAAAUUAAAACUGCAUAUGCAUAUUCUAGGGAUGAAAUUCGCGAUGGGAUAAGACAAUUUUUGGUCUCCCAUUUAUGGAUUUCUAUUGAUGCAAUAUUUGUUAUCUCGAAUUUGAUAAUAGUUUUCUGCGUGUUAUUAUGUGGUUUAUACAUGAAGAAGGGAAAUGACGGCAUGUCUAAGUACAAUCAGUUUUUCUUUCUUCUCUUUUUCAAGACGCGUUUUCGAUGAUGUGAAAAGCUAUACUUUUCUUUAUUUUUAUUAGUUUAUGUUAUCAUGAAAGAAAUUUUUGUUCCAUUAUAAAGGCAU